UAUCACCUAAAAAUACAAAUAUUUUAAAUGUCAUUUUUCUACUUUCUAUAAAUUGCUUGAUGAAUUAAAUAUGAAGCAAUAAACGAUUAGUUUAUCUAUAGUAUUUCUGUUCUAAUAACAAAGUUAUUACUAUUACUCUGUAAAUAAUUGAUAUGUUACACAACAUGCAAAACUCUCGUUACAUUUCAUUAAGACAAGUCUUUAAGUUGAAUUAUUAUUUUUAACUACUUGUUAAUAUAACAAGUUUCAAAUAUAUUGUCUCGGCUACGCAAGACCAGACUGGCUAUACCAGACGUUGCGAUGAUAUUUUAUUGGGCUUUUCGAGAAAGCGGCAUGUAGGUUAAUAUCACGCAGAAAGACAAUGCACUUGACGAUAGAUGACGCGGUUUGUGACGUAGGCGUGCGUUAUCAUAUUUCUAUUAAUCGAGUCUGCUAUCUGGACUCUUUCAUAUUCGUGAUCAGAGAUAAGGAUCUCGUAAGCAUUGUUCUACUUUACAUUUUUAAAAAUAGAUAAGAGGUAGGCUAAUUUUCGUCACAUCGAUCGUCGUUAUUUUUUCUAACUUCUAAUGAUAUUACUAUCUUAAUGUAGAAAAUAUAUUAAGGAUUAUAUUAAUUGUCCAGCAAGUCAAUAAUGAAAAUAUCUACGAGUAUGUAAUGUUGUUUUUAAUAUUGUAUUUAUAUCAAAAUCUCAAGAUUCAAAAUUAAACUACAUUAAACGAUGAAUCAAAAUUAUAUAUUUAAUAAUUAUUUUUACAUAGCCUUGUAUAAAGUUUCGUUAUAAAUACUUAUCUAAAUAUUCGAUCUAAAUGUCUGUUUCAAUUCGUUAUAUGUAUAUGUGAUAUGAAAAUAUAUUGUUAUCAUCGUUCUUUUUUACUUCUAUAUCUCUGUCAUGAUUUGCUUCUUUUUAACUUUUAGAUGAAAGAGUAUCUUUAAAAAUUAUCAAUUAUAUUACUAUUUAUAGAUAAAAUGUUGAUGCAAUUGUUCAGAUUUUAUGACGAAUUUUUAAUGUGGCAGAUAGAAAAUUGACAUUAUCUAACAAAGAGAAAGUACACGAAAAAAAAAAGAUCCAUGCGGAAGCGUGCGCAUAAAUAGCUCGAAAAGGGAGAGACGGCGCAAGUCCCGCUCGCAGGGAAUAUUCAAUCGUUAAGGGAACGCAACGAAAGGAAAAAAAAGAGGUGGAAAAAAAACGGAGAAAUAAUCUACCGAAGAGCGGCCGUCAGCCCUCUCCGUUCUCACAGGGUUCCCGUCGGAAAAACUCGCAAUCAAGGUCCCCCUCCGCCCCGCGAUAAAAGCUUCGCGAGUAGUGAUUCUAAAUAUACGUGCGUUUUUCUGCGUAUCGCUGACGCGGCUUUCCAGCCGAGACCAACCCUUUCAAUAAUUCGCGCGACGUUUACCGCAAAGUUUCGCGCGGGGGUGACGACGGGGUAAUGCUCGAUCGGCUUGAUAGUCAUCUGUUUCCCAAUGGUCCGAUUAAAUAUGAAAAUUGCUCGGGCGCGCUUCAACGUCGCGGGCAUAAACGCCGGCUGAAUAAUUGAUUCGCGGCGCGCAAUCGCGGUGAGUACGAGCUCGCUCAUUUCGCUGGUUCUCCUCGACGAGUCAAGAUCUCGCCGCUCGGGGAACGGUGGCUAUAGACAAGUCUAUAGACUGUCUAUAGACGACGGUCUCUGGACGAGCGCGAGCGGCCAGAUGAGGAAUGACAGUCGGAACAGGCGAGCUGCUGCUUGUAAAGUAUGCGGAUAAGUAACGCUUGUAAAGUAACGCGGCGCGCGAUUGUCGCGGGCAUUUUGGGCUGUCCGAUAAAAGAGAGGUGUCGAUUACAUUUACGCGUCGCACGCGGGAAAUGCGACGCCAAAGCGGGAAAAUCGAUCGCGCGGCACGGCUCGGAGCCCCGUGAAGAGUGCAGAGUUGCGAAACUUUCUAUUGCUUUUUCCGACGAGCGACAGAAGAGUUUCCGAUCUUCGGAUGCGAACGGGAGUUAUAUAGUUUGUCUGUGCGAUCAGAAGAAGUGUCUAUAACAAUAAGUUGACCAGACGCACAGUUUUUGGAACGUGUUCGAGCGCGACGAUGUCACUGCUUUGUCUUAUUCAUCUCUCGCCGUCGUUCCCCUCUGUUAAUCGUUGUCUCUCGAACGUGCUCGUACUUAUGCAUUCGCUAUAAUCCGCGAGCGCGAUAGCAAUCCUCGGAGUUGUCACGCACGGCAAUUAUUCUGAUUGAAUUAUCGGCGGGUGCGGUGUUUUGUGAAAAGUUAGACGAAGUUUGAUACUAUAAGCUGGAAGCGAGCACGUUACAGCAAAGGGGCCACAAGAUCUUAAUAAAUAUUUAUUGACAACCAACGUUCCUAGUAUCAUAAAAAUAUUAUUAGUCUUUAGCAAAGAUGACCAGCAAAUGGACAUACUUGCUAAUACCGCGAGAAGAUUGGGAUGGAGUGUAUCGAUGGCAAAAGACGCGGAGAAAGCAAUAGAACUUUUUCAAAAUCGUGCUCAUGAAUUAGUGAUUAUCGAUCAUAGGGGACAUCGUGCGGCUGAAGGCGAUGCUAUUUGUAGAGCUAUCAGAUCAUGUCCGGUUUAUCACACUUCUGUUAUUAUAGCGCUUGUGAAAAAAUCUUACUUCAUGAUUGAUGAGAAAGACCAUAUUGUGGCAUUGAACUUGCUAGAAACAGGCUUCAGCAGAGCACUGAUGGAAUGUUCGCACGAAGGAAUAUUAAUAAACGAAUUAGUAGGUAUAUAUACUAGCUCAUUGUUACCAAGAACUCAACUAGCAGCAGCGCAUGCAUUAUAUUUGGCACUUGACAGGUGUCGCGAUAUGGUACAUGUAACCAAUGAGAAGAACAUUGUACAGUUUCUAAAUAAAGUCAGCGAAAAAUUGUUAGGAUAUAAGACAGAAGAGAUGAUGGGAAGAAAUCUCUCGGAAAUAGUGUACUAUGAAAAUUUCGCUCUUAUGGAGCAACAAUUGAGUAAGGGUCGGGAAUUCGAAGGAAAUAUGAAUUGUAAAAGGAAAAACAAUCAAAUGAUCACAAUCAAUUGCAGGAUAAUUCCAUUCUGUACCACAUUAAAAAAACCAAGUCAUUACAUAUACGUAUACGACACUACGUAUCUAUCAGAAAAUUCAGCACCAAUAAGCCCAAUUGGCAGCCCGUUGCAUCCUCCUCUUAAAACAAGCAUGUCAAAUGCGCGAAAGUCCUCGGAUGUCAAAUCUGGUAUAAGCGAAGGUCGUAGACGGUCCAGCUUGCAAAAACUGCAUACCUUGCAACUAGAAGCCCCUAUCACCAAAGUCAUUACGUUACUUUCGAACGCAGUUACGGACACGACCAAUCCGGAAACAGCAGCGCAGAUCGAUAAAGCAAUCGAUAUCCUAAAGACGACGGAACUCUAUGUACCGCAUCUUAAGGAAGACAGAGCAAUGUACAGCGAUCCGGUUGCUACGGAUCUCGUCGGCGCGUUACUUGCUUCUCCGCGCACAGCGUGGGAAUCUAGAAGGUCGUCGUCGGAUUCCGCGAGAUUAUCCGCUAUUAAAGCUAUCACGGGUCCGGGCGGCGCGCGUAUGCAAGUAAAAAAUUUCCGAGGGCCGCAAGAAAUCACGGAGAUAUUGGAUAAGAGUCUCGACUGGGAUUUCGAGAUAUUCAAGCUUGAGGUACUAACGGAGGGAAGACCGCUUGUUUUUCUGGGAUUGACGAUUAUGAAUUUGUUCCAAACGCCAGCUACGUUACAUUGCGACGAAAGGACGUUGCAGAACUGGCUAGCCAUUAUCGAGCACAACUACAACGCGGAGAACAGCUAUCACAACUCGACGCACGCGGCCGACGUCAUGCAAGCCACUGCGAGGUUUAUGCAAUCGAAGAGGCUCAAAGAAAUUUUAGAGCCUUUAGAUGAAAUUGCUGCUUUAAUAGCCGCCGCUGCGCACGAUAUUGAUCAUCCCGGGCGGUCCAGUCAAUUUCUUUGCAACGCCAACAGUCGUUUGGCAAUACUCUACAAUGAUUUGUCAGUUCUCGAGUCGCAUCAUGCAGCUUUAACUUUUAAACUAUCGCUGUCUGAUGACAGCGUAAAUAUCUUUAAAAAUCUGGAGCGAGAUGCGUACAAACUGUUACGGCAAAAUGUCAUUGACAUGAUUCUGGCGACCGAAAUGACGAAGCAUUUCGAGCAUCUAGCAAAGUUCAUGAAUGUUUGUAGCGCGAGAAUUGGAGACGGUCAAGAGAAAAAUCUUUCACAGACUUAUUCAAGUUCUCUGGACAUGUCUGUGGUGCUACAACCAGAUAAUGUAAUAUUAGUUAAAAGGAUGAUGAUCAAGUGCGCAGACGUAUCUAAUCCAACGCGGCCACUAAGAUGUUGCAUCGAAUGGGCGAGACGAAUUGCGGAGGAAUACUUUAAUCAGACCGAUGAAGAGAAAAAGUUGAAAAUGCCAGUCGUAAUGCCGAUGUUCGAUAGAAUGACGUGUUCGAUACCUAAAUCGCAAAUCGGUUUUGUCGAUUAUAUCAUUAACGACAUGAUCGAGGCUUGGGAUGUGUUUAUCGAUAUGCCGGAACUUGUGGGCUAUAUGCGACACAACUACGAGAAAUGGAAAGAAUAUAAUGAGCAGGGUAUAUCCACUUUACAAGAUGUCGAGAAGCUACAACAACAUCCCGACAUGCAAAUACCGCGAUUAUCUUGAAAAGCUCGUUAUUUCGCAAUCUCGUUAUGUAAUAUUUACACUGCGAUUAUCACAAAGAUGUGUAUAGUAUUUAUGUAUUUAAGGAUAGAGCAACGACGUGCCUUCUCGAGUCUAAGAAAAUACAUGUAAUUUGCCGUUUCGCGCUCCACACAUCAACAUUUUCAUUAUUUAUAUGUAAUUCCAUUUAUCUUAAUAAGACUCGCCGUAUUAUUACUAUUUUAAACAUGUGACAUAGAUUAAUAAUAUAUUUUUAGUAUAAAGAAAGAAAUAACUUUAUGUAUGCAGCUCCGAUGACUAUGUUACUUCGAACGAAGUUUUUGCUGUGUUUGCGCAUGUUGACACAUUAAAUUGUGAUCAACUGAGAUCAACUAAUAAAUAAGAACAUUGCAUUUGAAUCAUUUUUAAUUUCUUACAGCAAUCCUCCUUACAGCCAGAAUUUAAUCCUUCGCCUAAUUUCACCAUUAAGUUUUGCUGUUAUUUGGAAGGGCUUGUGGUACAACACAAAUUGAAAGAAAAUAUUCACAUUAUUAUGGUGUCGGAUUUUACUUUAUUGUUUCUUUCAGCCAAGAAAUGGCGUGGGGCCUAUUUCUAUGCGCUGCAUAAAUACAGAAUUAAAUAAAACCAGAUAUAAAGUGUAAGCCGUAUCGAGAUAGAAUUUUGCACAAUUUUUAUCAACAGAGCGUUAUAUGGUCUGAGUUAUGCAAAUUACAAAUUGUUCAAUUUUUCUUUAAUUCUGUUAAUACAGGAAAUACGCACUCGCCUUCUCAAUCUAUGUAAGUCGGUCCUGACAUAACAUGGUUGCAUCUAAGAACGAUAAUUACACUCAUGCGUGUUACAAACCAAAAAGAGGAUGAGUAUAAUAACAUCAAUAGUCCAUCGAGUUACAAGUAUCAGCCUAACGGAUGGUUACUAAGUCACAUUCAUCGUAAAGAUUCUUACGUAUGCUGACAUAUGCUUACAGUAUACAUAUGUGUUAUAUCAUAAUAUUCUCUACGGACGCACGGAUGAUCAUGGCCGUUUUAUCCAGUAUCAACAAGACAUUUAACUUGUUUUUUAUCCCUAGAAGACAAUCAGAAUAUCGAGUUGCUUUUAGAAUUAAUAAUCGAAUCAUUGAAAUGUGACACAUAAAACACAACUAGAAGUAUUUUACGGACUAAUUUACCAGGUAUUUACCACAUGUUCGUAUUAAGACUUUUAUGGAGUAGUAUUUUAUCAUAAUAUCCUAGUAAGAGAAAUAGAUGACAAGUAAAGGUAAGAAUCCUCUUAAGGUGAGAUGCAGAUUUUUGCAUGGAAUUCUUAAUUACUUAGCAGUCGUAACCACCACUUGUCAACGUGAUGUUGGCGCGACGAGUGCCAACACACGAUUGACAGACAUAAAGUAACUUAAUUACCUUAUAUAGCUUAUCGUUACUACUAUAAUGCCACAUAGUAUGAUUCGUCCGAAGUUCCUAGAAGUUACGUUUAAUCCUAAAUUACUUGCGUCUCCGAAAUACCUGCCACAAGUGCAUUGCCGAAUGUGAGAAUCUGUCUAGAUUUUUCUCUUCCCAGAUAAUAUGUUUUUUAAUCGAAUAAUUUUUUUAAUGAAAAUCAGAAUUUAUCAUCGAUAACCGUUUGUUUCGAAGUUCUAAAACUAUUUUUCGUUUUUGGUCGGUGAGAUAUUUCGAUGGUUAUCGUCCAGCUUGAACAUUACUGACAGAUCUAUUUUCUUUUUGAUUGCGUGAUUGAAAUUUAUUAAUUUUGCAGAAAUGCAACUGUUUGCCAAUGUGUCGCUCAUUAUGAAGUAACAAGUAUUUUUAGACGUGAAUGUUGGUUACAGCGUAUUUUUAGAUUAAACGUGAAAUUAGUGCUAUUUGAGGUUGCUUUAUUAGCACUUGUCGCUAGUAGACGGAAUUCGCGAAGUAACAAACUAACCAGUAUAGAGGCCGUUUACAGUAAGCUUCUUUGUAUAUAUAUCAGACUGUUCUUAACAUUAUAUGUCGUAGUACAGAUGUACAGUACUAUUCAAUCAUGUCUGGACUUUCGUUUGCCUGGAAUGAAAUUUUUGUCUUGUUUUCUCUUAUUUAUGUCUUUGAUAAAUUUCAGCGUACAUGAUAAGUUAUGAUAAGUUUCAUAUAGAUCAGAUGCAGAAUAAUCGAUAUUAAAAAAUACAUGUCUAGGCAUUAUUGAAUAGUAUUGUACUUAAUUUUUUGUUUUUUUUUUUUUGGUUUUUUGAUGACGUACACGUCAUUUUUUAUUGAUAACAUCUAUACCUUUUCACCAUACCUUUUUUCCAUACCUUUAAAGGAGCUGAUAUAUCUUUCCCUAUUAAGGAAAAGUUAUAAAUCAGUCGUCACUUACUUAUAAAGUUAUUUUUAGCGAUUGUAGUGCAGUACUGCUAAAAUUAUCCCCGCGCGAAGCGAUACACGCAAAAACUGAUCAGAUUAUGAUCCUCUAUCUUUUAUGCAAACAAAAUCGUGCAAUCAUCGUGAUCAAAAUGAAUUAAAUCCAACGAUUUCAAGAACGUGCUGUGAUAGUUCGACGUUAAUUAUCGCGCAAAGCUAACACCAGCGUUAAUCAUAACUUUUCUUAUAUAUACUAAACGAGAAAGAAGGAAACAUAUUCUAAGAAAAAUGCGUAUAAUCCAAUAUCCUAAGUGUAAGUGUAAUUUAGGCCUGAAUAGGAAUGCGCUCUUAGCACUUCCCGUGCAUAAAAAUUUCUGGUAACUCUUAUCUUUUAUUUUUUUCUCGAAGUUUUAUUUACGCUUGUGAGAAUCCGAUCUUUCUUUAAUUCGCGGCAAUAGAAGUGCGUUCUUGCUUACAAUUUUGUAAUAAGUCGACAUUUAAGCUGAUCGUCGUGACUGAUCGAAGACGCGUCGUUUCUAUUUCGGUCGAUUUUUCUAUUUCUGGUGGAUUACUCAGCAAAAUGCGGCCAGAGCGAAUGAAGAGUGAAAUGCUUUAGUGAAACGCUUGGUUGAAAUUUCGUGUGAAAUAAACGACGAGA